AUGUACGGAGUGUCUCCCCCCUGCUUAUCAGUCCGUCGGUCGAUUAUUUUAUUUACGCAGAGGAAUUUAAUAUUUAUAAAGAAAACAGUGAUUUGAGUAAAUAAAGCUACAUAAUUACACGAUGAGUGAUUUAUUGGAUGAAGACUUGGAGUUCCGCGGCGGUACCUUGCAGCUGUCGACGGAUACGAGCGUGGCCGAUGUUUCUGAAAGUAAUCGUAAUAAUACUCACGAUAAUACAGCGAGAAGGAAACCCCCGACUAGUGUUAAUCCCUCAGUGUUGUCUGGUGCAAAUUCCUUGACCUCCUCCACAUCUUCCUUUGCCGAUGCCAGAGGUCCCGAGGAGCAGGCAAACACUGCAGCGGCUCCACCAGACGACAACCAGGCAGUAUUUCCUCGUUAUGAUGUGCCAUUUGACAAGGAGAAUAUCAAAGACUUCUUUACCUUCCGCAAAGGAGUUGUGGACACCGCCAUACAGGAGUGUAUCACUGCCCUCUUGUUCCCUGAAGAUGGAGAGUACUUAGGAUCCUGGUUGUUGACCGAGAUAACUCUAUGGGACAAUGAAAAGGAGAGAAUAGUGCUCCUCACGUCAAGAUUGGUGAUGACGAUCAAGUAUGACUUCAUUGCCAUGAAGCAGCUGGACUUCAAGAAGACGUACCUGGAUGACCUGGAUACUAUCGUUAUUGGGGAGCUGGUUUAUCCUCCAUCGUCUUUAGUUCCUCGCCUGAACGGCAUCGCAAGUGGUGUGACGACGGUCGUCAAAGACUGCGUCAUAGACCGCCUCUGCCGUCGACCCUCGCACGAAGACGCGGACCAUCAGAACAGUAGACUGUUCGAUCCCAAGUAUUUUGAACCUAGAGAGCGCCACCUCCGUGGCGUGCGACUGAUGUGGAACAAGGGCGAGCCAGUGCCUCUGAAGACAGUGUGGAACCCCUUCAGCCAAGAUGUGCCGUUCCUCACCUACGCCUCACACCCUAUCUUCUGGCAUAAAGAGGGAACAGCCGAAGAAAAAUCAACAUACGACAUGGAAACAUUUGCCCUCAAACUGCAAAGGGCUAUAGAGAACAUGACAUCUUCAGCUUGCUGCAUACACCAUUCCCCUAUAGUCAUACAAAGCUACGUCGGCGUCACAUCAUUGCUACACAACAAGACUGGUAUGGGCUUCUUCAAGGUCAGGGGCAAAUUCAGCUUCUAAGGUACAAGACAUAAGGUUCAAUUUUGAAUAUCAUGUUAUAAGGCACCAUUGUGGAAGAACGGAGGUGAUGAUUUUGGCUGUAGUUAGAUAAUGGUGGCUGGAACUUUGUUGUAUUUGUAACGGGGUAAGGAGUGGUUGAUAGAAGAAGCUGGAAGGUUUGAGAAUUGAUCUCCAAAUGACAUUAUGUUGAUGAAAUCUCGCAGUUAGCUACAAAUUAGACCCUAGUCAAUAGUAUUUGCUCAAUCAUUUUCACUGCAAGAUUUUUAUUGUUACCAUAAAUAAUACCCAUAAUAUAAUCAGUACUAAAAUAUCAUUUGAAAAGAUAAAGAGGUUUUUAUUUGUAUGAAAGUUUGCAUUACCAUUGAGUUUCAUUACGCCAAGUAUCUAAAUAUAGCAAGGUUCCAGUUGAAGAGUACUUAAUCAAUAUUUAUGAAUAAAUUGUUAAAUUAAAAGUUCUAAGCCUUCUGUAUAAAUUAUUGAAUAAUUGCAGCUUGGCGUUGGAAAUAAACCUUUUAGAAAUUAAAAAGGCUUAUUAGAUAUCAAGUUAGGGGAAAGGGUAGGUUAGAGAAAUACAAGAAUACUUCAAUUAAGAGCUCACGGCGCUUUUUAACUUGAAGUAAAAAACGGAGUCUCGAAAAAUUCUCUAGUGAACCGAGGAAUAAAAAAAUGCGUGGUGAUUCUUUUAUAUUAAGACAUUGUUGCUUGUGAUAAUUUUAAUUAAUUUUAGUUGUAUUUGUACUCAAUUUGCAUUGUCUUUUCGUUUAAUUUAACUCGUAGUCUCGAUGUAAUAUUGUUAGUCCUUUAAACUUUAAGGAAAUUAAUCAUCAAUUGUUGAAAAUUAUUCAUCGUAAUAUGCCAAUUCAAUAAAUAAUAAUAAUUUAAUAUCUAUUAAUGGAUGACAAAGUCGUCCCUUUAUGAAGAAACAUUAACCGUAAACGAAAUAGAUCUAAUCGUCUAAAGUAGUCAUUGAUUUAAUAAAUAUGAGAUUGCUAGAAUAGUGUUGUAGUACAUUUAAUUUGUCGAUAUCGAUGGUUAUUAUAGAAUGUUAUGGGGACUGUAUACAAGUAAGUGAUAUAAUAAAAUAUGUAUUCUCAAAUUAUUUAAAAAAUAUGUUCGAUAUUAGAAUGAGAAUAAUUAUAGUAUAUCGUAGCUUUUGCAUACAUUAGUUAAAAUAAAUAGGAGUGCGUAUUUUAUUCGUUGACUAGGAAUAAUUGUUUGUUGCCAAAUGAACCGACGGAAUGACACCCAGUGUCCGGUUUUGGGCUGGUCAAUAAAACCGGACUGGAUGUGCAAAUAUUCUUAAAGUAUCUCUAAUCUUAAACGUGAAGGAAUUGAGUUAGUGCUGCGCUUACCAACAGUCGAUAAAUUAUCGAAUAACAAUAAUAUAAUUUAUUAUAACUGAAUCGGGGCUUUCUGAAAUAUUUGUGCAGUGCUAUAUUUUCGAUAUUAGAACUUCAAAAUGUCGGUCCUGUGCCUAUUCUCUCUCCGGAUUGCCAUCGUGUCAGAUUGUCGUCCCAUCGCUCUAUGAGAAUGAAGGAAUAGUGAUUGCACCUGUGUUUGCGCAAAUGCUUGUGCACUAUAAUAUGUCCUGCGCAUAUUCAUUUAUUUCUCUUGGUAGUCUAUGGAUGCAUUUACGCGUUAGCGAACACGGUACUUGGUCAUUUAGUUUAUCCUUGGUUAGUUUAAUAUAUGUAUCUUAGAUAUACAUAGGUGCAUCUAAGACCAUAGUAAAUAAUGCCAAUUUUCAUCUUGCGAAAGCAAAAGUAAAAACACUUGAGUGAGAAAUAUCAAUGUCGUAUCUCUAUAAUUUCCUUGUUGUGGUUAAUGGCAAUAAGUGAAAGUUUAUUAUAUUAUUCUUUUAAUUAUGUUUAUAUUCUAUGUUUCAAUCUCUCUAGUUUAAAAUUUUAAUAAUGUUAUAUUUGUUCGUCCUACAUAUUUCAAUAUAUGUACCUGCUUCCUUAACCUGUUAUAUAUAUAAAAUUUAUGUAAAUAUACUUUUUAAAUAUAUGUAUUUAGUUGUUGUAAUACUGUAGUUUUAUUAUAUAUACGUAUAUUGUAUGUGUUGUAAAUACAGCUAUGAUUUGUAAUAUCAGCUGCGAACGUAACAAGUUGAUAAAGUAUGUACAUUCAUAAAUAAAUAUACAAUACUAUAUUGUAAAUAUACUUUAUAGAUUUUAUUUAUUAUACAGCAUUAAAGCAACCUGGGCAUUUUCAACUCUAUCACGUUGUAAUAAAGUUUGUUUUUUAUAUAUCUGAUUAUUGAUGGAGUAGUGUGCUCGAUGUUUUUAAUAUCACUAACCAAUUUAAUGAAGUAUCUCUGAAAUAUAAUUUACGCAUUUUAUUCAAUUGAAAUGUGUGUCACAAAGAUAAGAAUAAUAAAAUUAAUAUUGGAAAGUAAAAAAACGAACAAAAUACACUUGCAUAUCUGAUAUCUUAGGUAAAACAUAAAUUGUUACAUAAUAUAAUGUUGAAAUGUUAUUUCUAUUGUUACACUAACACAUUUAAUAAAUAUGAUAAUUAAGCUUGUCUGUUUGUUUUCAGAAGAUAUACAAAAAUAACAUACAAAGUUAAAAUAGUUUAUGUACCAUAGGCAAACUUAAUCCAUUUAGGCACUUUGCAACUAUUAUUGGUGCUCCACUUUAUUAAAAAAACGUGAACCUAGAAAGUACCGACUUUAUUGCUAGGUUUAAUCCAUUAACUUCGUUCGGCACGAUGGUUCAGACCUAGUGCUCAAGCCGGUACUUUUUAAGACCACGUUUUAAAAUAAGGUGGAUAGAUACUAAAUACGAAGAACUUAGAACAAGUUACAAGUUCCAAGCACCGUCUUACAGUUCGUUCUUAACAUAACAUUUAAAUAUAUAACAUAUACAUAUACAUAACUUUAACACAUAUAACACCAACUUAAGUGCAUUCAUGUUUUGCAGGCCUAUUAUAUAAUAUAAUACACCAAUGGUUCUAACUCUAAUCAUAAGAAGUUAGUUACAUACGAUAUCACUAGAUAAAUACAGAUCACAGAACAUAUAAGUUUUACUUAUAAUAUACAAAAUAUUCCUAUGUUGCUGUUUGUGUAAACGUAUAAUUUUGUGUAAUUGAAGUUUGUCUUAUUAUCUAUAACUAUUAAAUAUUUGAAUCAUA